AUGGCCGCAAUACUGGACAAGAUUGAGAAGGAAGUCAGCGAACUUGACAACAAGAGCCACACUGAUAACUCUCAGUCGUCGAAAGAUGAGUUUGGGGACAAUGCUACACUUUACGAAAAGAAGUGUCUGCUUGUGGACAAGCAGAUGGAUGCAUUCGGCAUGGGCUCCUAUCAGUGGAUGAUCUGGUCACUGUGCGGUCUUGGGUAUCUCAUCGACCUGAUGUGGGCGCAAGCCUUUGGCCUCAUCCUGUCUCCACUUCAACAAGAGCUGGGUUUUGGGAACAACGAGACUGGAAAGCUGUCCACGGCCUUCUCUGUGGGGCUCACAGCUGGUGCAUUCGUCUGGGGCAUUCUAGUCGAUGUCAUCGGCAGACGUUGGGCCUUUAACCUUACAGUCUUGAUUGCCUGCAUAUUUGGAAUGUGUCUGGGCACACCCGACGACUAUAACACCAUUCUUGUUCUCACUGCUCUGACCGGCUUCGGCGUUGGCGGCAACAUCCCGAUUGAUACGACAAUCACGCUCGAGUUCACUCCGGAGAGCAGGCGCUACCUUCUCCCGCUCCUCUCCAUCUUUCAGCCUCUCGGCGUCGUCAUCUGCAGUGUCAUGGCCUAUGGUUUCAUACCCGUCCACAGUUGCUCGCCGAACUUCUCGGAAGCAGGCCCACUGCCUUCAUGCAAGAACGUUGAUGUAGACGUGGCCUGCUGCAGGAAGGAUGCCAACAUGGGGUGGAGGUAUCUACUGUACAUCCUCGGCGCUCUCACAUUGCUAGUCUUCGUCCUACGAUCAGUGAUCUUCCGUUUCCAGGAGUCGCCAAAAUUCCUGCUCUAUCGUGGCAAAGAUGCACAGGCAAUCGAAGUGCUAGAAAGCAUCGCGCUAUACAACGGGACAACGUGCAGUCUGGUACUCGAACAGCUUCAAGCUGUGGAGCGGGAGCACAGUUCCACCCUAAGCGGCGACAGUUCGAAGGAUGAGCUGCCUACCUGGUCAGACAGCAUUAAGCUCGAGCUUGCACGCUUCAAGAUCCUCUUCUCCUCACCACAGAUGAUCCGCCUCACCACCCUCGUUUGGCUGACAUAUAUCUGCGACUUCACCGGCUUCACCGUCGCCGGCUCCUACCUCCCUCGCAUCAUCGCACUCAAGAACGGCGCACUUCACCUCUCCCUCGACUAUACCUACCGCUCCUACAUCCUGAUUUACCUCCCCGGCACAGUCGGCGUCCUCCUCGGCUCCCUGCUCUACCGGACCCCCAACAUCGGGCGGAAGUACACCAUGAUCGUCUCGUCUCUCCUCAUGUCCGUCAGCAUCUUCGUGUUCAGCACGGUCAACAGCCCAGCCUCCAACACUGGCUUGAACGCUAUGGAGUAUUUCUUCCAGUCUAUGUUCAACGCUGUGCUGUACGGGUGGACGCCUGAGGCUUUUCCGGCGCCGAUUCGCGGGACAGCGUGUGGUGUGGCGAGUUUUUGGGGAAGAUUGUUUGGUAUUGUAAGUCCGCUGAUUGCGCAGCAUUUGUAUGCGAGGAGCAGGGAUGAUAAGGGGGAUGUCAAUAGUGUAUUGUAUCUUGCGGGUGGCGUGACGCUGGGAUGUGUGGUUACGACGGCGCUGUUGCCGGGGAAGGUUUUGAAGAGGUAG